AUGUUACCGGAACAACCUCUGAAAUUUGGCACUUUAGCCGUCCAUGCCGGCUCUCCACAUGACCCGGUUACGGGUGCGGUGAUUGAAGCCAUUUCGCUCAGUACAACAUACGCGCAGACUGCCUUGGGAAAACCUAUUGGAAACUUUGAAUACUCCCGCUCCUCUAACCCAAAUCGCGAAAACUUUGAGAAGGCUGUGGCCGCUACGGAGAAGGCUAAAUAUGCAUUGGCCUUUGCUUCGGGCUCGGCGACAACGGCCGUCAUACUACAGAGUUUGGCGGCAGGAAGUCAUGUCAUAAGUGUGAGCGAUGUGUACGGUGGCACCUACCGAUACUUUACUCGGGUCGCCUCGGCGCACGGCGUCGAUGUAACCUUCACUCCGCAACUCGAGCAAGACUUCCUGAAACAUUUACGUCCUGAGACUAAACUUGUCUGGAUUGAAUCGCCCUCGAACCCUACCCUGAGCCUCACUAAUAUCAGAACUAUUGCGGACCUAGCCCACGCCCACGGGGUAAUGGUAGUAGUAGACAACACGUUUAUGAGUCCGUAUAUACAGAAUCCCUUGGAUCACGGUGCAGACAUCGUCGUUCACUCUGUCACUAAAUAUAUCAACGGACAUUCAGAUGUAGUCAUGGGUGUUGCCGCCUUCAACUCCGAAGAGCUUCGAGAGCGUCUGAGCUUCCUGCAAAAUGCCAUUGGCGCUGUGCCCUCGGCCUUUGACAGCUGGCUCGCUCACCGUGGUCUCAAGACCCUUCAUCUCCGAGCGCGCGAGGCAAGUCACAACGCCCUCAACAUCGCUAAAGCAUUAGAGUCAUCUUCAUCUGUUACGUUAGUCAACUACCCGGGCCUCGACUCGCAUCCGCAGCGCGCCAUCGCCAUCCAACAGCAUCGUCAAGGUCUGGGCGGAGGCAUGCUUUCGUUCCGUAUAAAAGGAGGCCGCACGGCUGCAGAGAGAUUCUGUCAGCACACUCGCUUCUUUACAUUAGCUGAAAGUCUUGGGGGAGUUGAAAGUCUCGUUGAAGUGCCGAGCGCCAUGACGCAUGCCGGUAUUCCCCGAGAGAAACGCGAAGCCAUCGGGGUAUACGAUGAUCUUGUUCGGAUCAGCUGUGGCAUUGAGGAUAGCGAGGAUCUAGUAAACGAUGUCCUUCAAGCUCUACAGAAGGCCGUUGAGUGA